AUGGUGCUGCACCGUUGGAUGCUAUUGGACUCCGGGGGAUUGGAAAAUUAUAACCUAGGCUCACCCACUGGAAAGUUGGUUCAUGAUAUCAAGCGCCCCCCCUUUGGCGUCAAGGCUAAAAAGGACGAUGUCCUAAGUGGGGGAAUAGAUUCUACUUCGCAGUUUCCGAGGGCAGAAUUUGAUCUCUGCGAGAAGAGGAGUACCCGACAAGAACGGCAGAAGGGAAAUCCUCACGCUGUACCCCCGUUGUUUUUCGAGUCCUUCGUUUAUUCCGCUUUUUCACGCCCCAAUCGCAACGUUACCACACCUCAUUCGUGGAUGCUGAGCGUGCUGAGUUCGCCGCCGCCUGCUGCGGCUGGUGGUCGAUUGACAGGAUCCGCUAGUCCCGCAGCGGGACCAGACACCGAACAACCUUCCAGAUCGUCCGGCUCUCCAGAAACCUAA